UGUGGGGCUUUUUUACAGUUGCCUCACAGAGCUCAUGAGCCCCUUGUGUGUGUUCCUCUUAUUUGGUGGAAAACCUUGAAGGGACUACUUAAAGAUGCUGAAGAAACUGAAUUUAAAUGAGUGCAAAGUAAGUAACCAGGCUGUGUUCAUGCCUCACAGGACUCUGCAGGGGCUGUGGGAGGCAGGCAGGUCCUCAGCAAGGCAAACCAAAAAGCUCCCAAGUCAGAAACAAGAACCACACCGUGCUGCUGCAUGGAAGCAGGAAUCCCUUGGAGGCAGUUUGCAGAUCUGUGAGUAAAUCUGUCCCCUCACAGCUGCUCUCUGAGGCUGCGCUUCUCAUCCGUGAGAGCACAGAGGGUACAAAGCAGAGGCCGUGUGGGCACGCAGGGACAGCAAACCCCUCUGAAUUCCAGCAGAUGUUUUGGGUUGACAAUGGGAACAUUAUAUGCCUGUUUAUUCCUUUAUCUCAGGAAGAAAUACCAUUUGGCAACAAUUUGUUCCCUGGCAGUGGGAAUGAAUUGCUGGCCUGAUUGAGCCUUGUGAGAGGAGAGGAGUGCCAUCCUACAGGAGCUUUGCAAUGCCAGCAGUGUUUGUGCUGGCAGAGCACGUGCACACCUGUGCACACACCAUCCUAUGGGCCCACCUCACCAUAUCACUGUGCUGGUGCUGAUCUGUGCUGAUGGCUUCAAGCAUUUUUCCACCAGCAUCUCCCAAUGUGAUCUCAUGUCCUCUGGUCAGCAGUGAUUCUUAUUCCUUGUGCUCAGCCACGUGGAAGCAUCAGGCCAUAACACAACUGCCCAUGUGCACCUUGUUGUGCUUUUUUGCCACCCCUAAGACAUUCUGUGCCUUCUGCGUUGUCACGGCUGCAGCCAUGAUAGAGAAUUGCAGCAAAGACAUUGGUGAGGACUCAGUGCUGAACAUAUUGGAGGUUUCUAAGGAAGCGAUGACUUCAGACUGGCUUCUCAAAGCCUCCUACAAUUCUCAGGCCGUAAUAUUCACCACAUAGCUUCUGCCUGUCCCCAUUUGCAAUGAUCAGCAGUCCUGCACACUGCUUGCAUGCUACCUUCAAUCUCUGACCCAUUCUCUUCAGGUCUGUGUUCCUGUCCAAAUCUAAUCACUAAGUUGUAGUUUGUGGUUACAGUACCGGUUUGAGAUUUCGAGUCAGAGAAGGAGGAUUCCUUUGACAGGGAUCAUCAUUUCCUCUUGAUUGCACAAUUAAAACGUGUUUUCCAAACCAUGACGUGUUGCGUGAUCAAAUGCAAACUAACCCCAAUCCGAUGUGGUGUUUAUUUUAAGUGAAUGAAAUAUGACAGCUUUGUUUAGCUCAUCGUUGGAGGGGCAGAUAGUGAGUACUUGGUGCCAGGAGGCUUCAAGGAAGCACAUGCUGAAUCAGAAGUCCUACAGUUACGUGACCCUGAGCACUGGUCUGGUCUGAACACCCUUGUGUCACAUCAGCUUUAUGCCCAAGGGGUUAUUUUGCACCAUCUGGCUUUGUGCUAGAUCAAAUACGGUUUCUGUUGUUGUAGCUAACGGGAGACCAGAGUCUAUUCAAAAUAAUACACUUGGCUAAUCCAACAGAAAUAUGAUUAUUUGCUCAUUCCUGCUCCAGAUCAUAUCUGCACUGAUGGGUGAUUUAGAAACACAAAAAAUAGUGAUGGUGGAGACAUGGCUAGAGAGCCAUGAACGAGCUGGACCUGAUGAUCUUUUUACAUUGGGCAGGAGAGACAAUAGGAAUGUCCACCUCCAAGUAGGUACUUAACUUUUAAGCAAGUAAUUGAGAGAGAAAUCCCACUCAACAUGGAAUAAUGUGUCAGGGAGUCAUUGGAGACAGAGAAAUCAGGGUUAUUUAACUGUAUGUUUUGCAUGCUAUAGUGCCUUCCUGGGUGCUCAUCUGAGCUUAAUGAAAAGAAAAAAAAGAAACAGCUGGAGUUCUAUGGUAGAGUGCCAAAUGGCCCAUUUCAAGCAGCAAGUUCAUUUAAGUGCUGUCUGGGAGUGCUGUGCUGUUCCUGUGCUUGGCAGGAAUCUCAAGACUAAUACCUCAGAGGAUUAGAGAGCAUCAUUGAACGUUAAACAAGAUCCAGGCUAAGCGGUGUGCACCACUGAGCUUGUGCUCUGGAGGAAGCUAUUACUUGCUGAUCUGGAAAAAAAAAAGAUUGCAAUGGUCCUGGCUCAGCCCUUCACCAUCUAAUGUGUGUGCCAAAACUCGCAGCCCGGCAGUAGGCGCACGCUGACCACCCUGCAGAGCAGCCCCAGCUGCAGUCACCAACACUGGACCCGCUCUGCUGUACUGUUCAUGGCAAAGUCCCAUCACUUAACGGGAGAGAAUGGCUUCCACUUCUCCCAGCCACUCGUCUUCCCCAGUCCAUCCCCUGUGGGUGAGGACAGCUCAGCCUUCGAUUCGGCAAGUGGGACUCCACUGAGCAAUGGCACUCCCAGCGGUGCCGAGUCCUGCGAACUGCCCCUCUGUGAGGCCAAAGGCAUUAAAUACAUCUCAGCCGAGCAGGAGGAGCUGGCAUGUGGCUGGGGAGGAUUCACCCCCGGUUGCUUGCAGCUCUUCAACACUUCCAAGGGCGUUUUGUUCUUCCUCUGCGUUGCUUCCUUCCUGCAAGGCAUGACGGUGAACGGCUUCAUCAACACGGUCAUCACCUCCAUCGAGCGCCGCUUUGACCUGCGCAGCUACCAGAGUGGGCUGAUUGCCAGCUCCUACGACAUCGCUGCCUGCCUCUGCCUCACCUUCGUCAGCUAUUUUGGGGGGAAUGGCCACAAGCCACGGUGGCUGGGCUGGGGUGUGCUGGUGAUGGGCUUGGGCUCCCUGCUCUUCGCUUUGCCCCACUUCACCACGGGUCGCUAUGAGGUGCGCUCCUCAGCUGAGGUGGGCAUCUGCGCUGCCAACCAGAGCCUGCCCUGCGCUGUGGCUGCCUCCAGCCUCUCCAGCUACAGGUUCGUCUUCAUGCUGGGGCAGUUCCUGCACGGGAUGGGAGCCACGCCGCUCUAUACGCUUGGCGUCACCUAUUUAGAUGAAAACGUCAAGACUAACUACUCCCCUGUGUACAUUGCUGUUUUCUACACUGCUGCAAUCCUUGGGCCUGCAGCGGGUUAUCUGGUAGGAGGAAUGUUUCUAAAUAUUUAUACUGAAAUUGGCAGAGAGACCGACAUCUCCCCAGAGAACACACUAUGGGUGGGGGCAUGGUGGAUCGGCUUUCUGGGUGCUGGAGCUGCCUCACUCCUCAUCUCCAUCCCCAUCCUGGGCUACCCCCAGCGCCUCCCAGGGUCCCAGAGGUAUAUUGUUAUGAGGGUGUCGGAGGCUCAUCAGCUGAAGGAUGGGAGCCACAAAAAAGCAUCAGAUCCAGACUUUGGGAAAACAGUUAAAGACCUACCUCGAUCAGUAUUGCUGCUCCUGAAGAAUCCCACCUUCAUCUUCCUCUGCUUAGCGGGAGCGACAGAAGCCACUCUCAUUGCUGGGAUGUCCACGUUUGGACCCAAGUUUUUGGAGUCUCAGUUUAGUUUAAGUGCCUCUGAAGCUGCUACUCUUUUUGGCUAUCUGGUUGUGCCGGCUGGAGGUGGAGGCACAUUCCUGGGAGGAUUCCUUGUGAAUAAAUUUAAACUCCGCUGCUCAGGAAUCAUCAAAUUGUGUUUACUUUGCACGGUGUCAAGUCUGCUAGCUAUUUUCAUCUUUUUCAUUCAUUGCCCUAACAUGCCAAUGGCAGGAGUAACCCAGAUGUACAACGGAAGCACUUUGCCCGGCAGCCAACUGAACCUGACAGCAGUGUGCAAUGCAGAGUGCGGCUGCCUGCAGGAGACCUACAGCCCUGUUUGUGGAAGUGAUGAUGUUAUGUAUUAUUCUCCCUGUCAUGCUGGGUGCAGAAAAGUGUCUGAAAACCUCCGGAAUGGCAAGAAGGUCUAUGGUGAGUGUAGCUGCAUUGAGAAAACUCUCCUGCUUGGUCCUGGUGAGGCAGAAGCAGGGAAAUGCACUUCCCCUUGUGCAAAAAGGACCCUGCUGCUCUUCUUCAUGUUUGUGGUGAUCCUCUUCACCUUCCUGAGCAGCAUUCCUGCCUUGACUGCAACACUACGGUGUGUCUCCGACAGGCAAAAGUCGUUUGCACUUGGGAUCCAGUGGAUCGUGGUCCGAACUCUAGGAGGUAUCCCUGGCCCCAUUGCAUUUGGGUCAAUGAUCGACAAAUCCUGCCUGCUCUGGCAGGACCAGUGUGGUGAGCAAGGCUCCUGCUAUGUGUACCAGAACUCAGCCAUGAGCCGCUACACCCUGGUCACAGGGCUGGUCUACAAGGUGCUUGGAACAACCUUCUUCACCAUCGCCUGUGUGCUGUACAAACCACCACCGACAGAAUCAGCCCCUGGCAGCUCAGACACAUCAGAAAAUGCCAAUGGGGACCUCCAGGAAACCAAACCUUCGCUCCCAACUGAGGAGGAUAUAUGAAGCUGUGCACAUGCCAGUGACUUUCUUAGUCUCAAGAAUACGACAAAAAGACGUUAUGAAGCCCCAAAGUUUUUAAUUAUUAGUAAUAUUAUCACUUUUUUUACUUCAAGAUAAAUAAUUUAAUUAAUCACUGAUGUGCUUGCUAUUUUACUUAACAGCGGAAGCACAUUCCAAGUUGUGUGCUGAUGCAAUAUGCAGUUAUUUAAUUCUAUUUAAAUAAAGGGCUACCGUAGCUUUAUUCUCUGUCUGUGACAAGCAAGGACCAUGAUCUCCAUGAGUGGAAACAGACACCAGUAACUCCAAUGGAGUGAGUGGGGUUGAAGUCACUAGAGGAUCCGGUCCGUAAUAUCUCAGUUGUAAAGUCGACUGUAGCAAAACUUCCCACGAGACUUCCUUGCCUGGAAAGACACCUGCUGUCCUGCAACCUGCAUUGCAAAGACAACCGGCCCUUAAACUCCUGGAUGCAAAGCAGACAGCCCAGCCAAGCACUGUCUUCCUGCAAAACAGAUUGACAUCAGUUCGUGCUGGCAUCCUCCAACCUUGUUUAGAAGCAGAGCAUCUAGUUAUGCAAGCUGGUAUUCCUGUGCAAUGGGAGAUAGGUUUGGGAUGAGGUUUGUCCAACAGAUCCAUCAGUACAGGCAGAGAUCCCUGGGAGCUGCUCAGUACUGUACUUUGCUGCCUCAUUUCCUGCAGGGUUUACGCUGUGGUGAUGCAUCAUUUUUUUGGUGGUGUUGCUGAGGGGUGAUGCCUUUUGUAAUGGACUGUGCAAAACUUGAUCGUGUAUCUUGCUGUUUGUUGGAUGCAGGAGGAUGUGAGAUAUGGAUCUGUGUGGUGCUUCUCUUCGGUUGCCCUGUACGAUGUUGGUUAUGGGUACAUGCAAAAAGUCAGAAUGGAUUUAUUUUUCUCUUGACUGCUAAAUUAAGGGGGAGCUCACCGUAAUGACAGACUGCUUUGUGGAAAGGGGAUGCUGACCUGUACCCAGUGUGGUGCUUCAGGCAGAAAGGGCAGGGUUCCCAAAGUGGCCUGUGGGUGUACACCUGCAAUACUGACCAGAGGUAAAGAGGGGGGAAUUUCAGCAUCCACCAGGAGUUUCCCUGGCUUCCCCAGCAGCCCCCAUCAGGUCAGAGGCUCCAUCUCCCUGCAUUUGAACAACCUCAAGGUACAGGUACAACUAUGGAGGAUGGGGAGGGCUGUGGGUAGCCCUGGAGGUGCUGCACUGAAUCUUCUGUUGAACAGGACAUAUGUUACUGAGCUGCAUUGCUGGCACUGCUCUGUGCCAGGUGCUGCAUUUUUUUCCUUUGGCUGCUUAAACGUUGUCAGCUGGUGCAGCAUGAUGAUGAAGGGCACGAUGAGUACAGAAUGCAGGAGAGCCCUGCUGUCCCAGAGGGUCAGGCUUGAACACACAGAUGCAGGAAUUGACCUCAGCAUCACCCAGACAUUCACCAAAGGCUUCUUCACAACCUGGCCUGGUUUUGGAGGCACCUGCAGACAUGAGUUUCUCUCCCCUCUUUGCCCUUCCCUACUUACAGAUGUUUGGGGUACAAGCAGGGUUCUCAAAAGGGGAAAACGCAUGAAUGUAUUUUGGGAACAUGUUUUAUGUAUGAUGUAUUUAUGAAUGGUAGAAAUUUUUUUUAAUAUAUAAAUAUAUAUACAGACAUCACAA